AUGUUACGAUUCACCCGCCCCCUCAGACAAGCACUCAAGUCUACUACUGGUAUAUACGGCGUUGCCGUACAUCCCGAUCCUCUCCCGGUCCUCCGUAAAACAUAUGAAUCGACGCUCUCGAUAUUGUCCCAGAUGCCUUCUCAUGCGUCUAAGGGUGAUGCAACACAGGUAGAAAAUACCUUGGGCGAGGGUCAGAUUGAGGAGAUUUUAAUGAGUGCUGAGGAUGAGUUGAGUUUGGCGGGAAAAAUGCUCGAGUGGAAACCGUGGGAACCUUUGGAGGUUAAGCCCGCUCCUGGGCAAUGGGACUAUGUCCGUGACUAG